AUAAACCGGAAGCAGAAAAAGCCCAGAAGUAUCGGCUUCUGACUUGCACUAAUUGCCUCACGUGACUUAAGAUUCGUCCAGCUCCGGCCAUCGUGUUUACGUCGUCGUCUCGGGCACCGUGAGCAAAUUAAGGCCCGGGGCCCAACGAGCGUCAAGAGAUCAAGAAUCCUUUAUUGAACUAAUUUUCCUAAAAAACUGUUAUUGAAAUGUAUUCAUUGUUUUUUUGAAGUCAAGUUUUUCUUGAAUGUAUUUAGUCUUUUUUUUAAGUUAAUUUAUCUCAAAGUACUAUUUCAUUGAUGUUAUUCUUCAAUCAUCUAGUCAAAAGAAUCCCUUUUCCGAGUAAAGUAAUUGUAAAGAAUAAAACUAUUUCGAACAUCAAAAAUGAAUUAAAUGGCAUACUUGGUUCACUGACUUCUUGCAAAUAAUAAAACUAAAACGGUGACCGGUGGAGUAACUGAAAGCAUGAUGGGCGAGGAUGUGCGUCCUCACAAGCCGCAGACGUCUGGCCGCCUCCGACUUGUUUACGUCCUGCUUCCCGUCACUGGCCUGCUGGGCGGCAUGAUGCUCGUACUCGCCCUUACCGGUGUGAUUGGCGGCCGUGUCUCGGACUCCAGCCCGCUCCCUUCCCCCGAGCCGAUAGCUGACAGGGUGCCUGGUUACCGUGGGAACCGUACAAGCCCCUCCCUCCCGGCAGAUGCGUCUCAGGCCCCGUCCACUCCGCCAAUGACGACAGCUGCAGAUUUGCUGACGUCUGUCCCCUCGCUGAGCUCCACCUGGUUGACCGCCGCCACCUCUACGCCGCAUGCAGGUGGUUGUCAGCCCCUGGCAGAGCCUCAGUGUCACAUGUUACCAUACAACCAAACAUGGCUGUCCUCCUCCGUCGCCGUGGUGAAGAGCUCGGAGGUAGACAUGUUGCUCAGGUUCUUCAGCUACCUGAGCAGACUGUCCUGCUACAAGCACAUCAUGUUGUUUGGCUGCUCUCUGGCGCUGCCGCAGUGUUUCCAUGACGACGACGCUCAGCACAGGUGGGUGGUGUUGCCGUGCGCAUCCUUUUGUGAGGCGGCCAGAAAAGGUUGCGAGCCCGUCCUGCAGAUGUUCAACAUCUCCUGGCCCGACUUCCUGCGCUGCUCGCAGUUCAGCCGGGCCACCUCAUCCUCGGCCACGUCUCCUGCCUGCUACACUCCCCGACAAGCAGCGGGAAAACCCUCGGCGUGCGGCGGGAAGGAAGUCUUCCUGUGUGCCACGGGGAUUUGUGUCCCUCAGAAGCUGGUGUGCAACGGCCAAAACGACUGCGAUGACUGGAGCGACGAGGCCCACUGCGUGUGUUCAGACACACAGUUCCGCUGCUCGACGGGCCGCUGCUUGCCGCCGCUUCUGCUGUGCGACGGCUACGAUGACUGCGGAGACCUUAGCGAUGAGCUCAACUGUGUGUGCGACGCAACACGGGAGCAUCGCUGUGGCGACGGCCGCUGCGUGUCCACAGAUUGGCUAUGUGACGGCGAUCACGAUUGUGUCGAUAAGAGCGACGAGCUCAACUGCUCAUGUCGGAGCCAGGGUCUUUGGGAAUGCCGCAACGGUCAAUGUAUUCCUCCGGCCUUCCGUUGUGACGGCGAGGACGACUGCAAAGACGGCAGCGACGAAGAGCAUUGCAUGCGCGAGCAGCCUCACAACACGUGCCCCCCCACUCAACCGGGCUGCGCGUCCACUUCCUGCGACACGCGACACCACAACUGCACCGGCUGUGAGCCAAUCAGCUUGGAGCUGUGCAUGAACCUGCCUUACAACCACACACGCUUCCCCAACUUUCUGGGUCACGUAUCGCAGCGGGAGAGCUCCGUGUCGUGGGAGUCGUCACUAUUCCCGGCGCUGGUCCAGACGGGCUGCUACCAGUAUCUCAUGUUCUACGCCUGCACGUUGCUCGUACCCAAGUGCGACCCACUCAGCCUGAGUACUGUGCCGCCGUGCAGGUCUCUGUGUCGCACAGCCAAGGAGAAGUGCGAGUCGGUGCUCGGCAUCGUGGGAUUGCAGUGGCCCGACGACUCGGACUGCGCUCAGUUUCCCGAAGAGGGCGGAGACUCGACGUGCCUUCUGCCUGAGGCCGGCGUGGACGAGUGCUCCCCCAGCCACUUCAAGUGUCGCUCCGGACGCUGCGUCCUCGCCAGCAAGCGCUGCGACGGCCUCGCCGACUGCGACGACCGCAGCGACGAAGAUCACUGCGGUUGCACCGAGCGUUCUCUGUGGGAAUGUCCGGGAAGCGGCGUGUGCAUCAAGACCAGCAUGAUCUGUGAUGGCAUCCCAGACUGCCCCCUGCUGGCUGAUGAGGUCAACUGCUCGGCGUGUGGCGAUAACGAGUUGGCGUGCAACAAUCACAAGUGCGUGCAUAGGACGUUGUGGUGCGAUGGAAAGAAACACUGCACCGACGCAUCGGACGAGUGGGACUGUGUGUCUCUGAGCCAGUCGUCAGGUUCCAUUCUGACCGUGUUGAGGACGGCCGACCACUAUCACGUGUGUGCAGACGAGUGGAACCAGCAGCUCAGCAAACUGACCUGUGACCAGCUGGGUCUAGGGGUUCCCGCCUCCGUUUCCAUGGUACCUGAGCAGGGUGGUCCUCCGGGUCGUCGUCGCUGGUUACAUGUUCAACCAGAGUGGGAGGAACGCAAAGGCUCGGCUCUACAGGCUCGUCUCGAGAAGAGAAGUCAUUCGUGUCAUUCUGGCAAGCGAGUGGCUCUCGUCUGCGUCAGAGACAGUAAGCCUCAUCCGUCCCUCCGACUCGUCUCCUCCGAUGGCCUGGGCCGAGUCUACUUCCUGUUUCUCAUCUCUCGGCCAGAGUGCGGCCUGCGGCCGGCAAUGGACGCGCGUCUCUCCAGGCAGAAGAGGAUUCUGGGAGGUCGUGUGGCCAGGCAGGGGGCGUGGCCAUGGCAGUGCUCGCUGCAGAGCGGUCAGAGCGGUCACGUGUGCGGCUGCGUCCUCAUCGGCACUAAGUGGGCCUUGACAGUGGCGCAUUGCUUCGAGGGGAGAGAGAAGGCCCACUUGUGGAAGGUCCUCUUGGGUCUCAACAACUUGGACCAUCCGGGCGUGCACAGUCAGAGGCGUGGCGUGCGAGCCAUCACAGUGCACCCGCGUUACAACCGCGCCGUGGUGGACUACGACAUCAGCGUUGUGGAGUUGGACUCCGAGGUGGAGGAGACGGAAUGGGUACGGCCCGUGUGUCUGCCCGGAACCAAUCAGAUUCCCACUCCGGACUCCUACUGCUACAUCACAGGAUGGGGUCACAUGGGAAACAGGAUGCCGUUCAAGCUGCAGGAGGGCCAGGUACGGAUCAUCUCCAUGUCCCAGUGCCAGUCCUACUUUGACAUGAAGACCAUAACUGCCAGGAUGCUUUGUGCCGGUUACGAGGCCGGGACUGUGGACUCCUGCAUGGGUGACAGCGGAGGUCCGCUGGUGUGCGAGGAGUUGUCUGGGGGGCGCUGGACACUAUUCGGCCUGACGUCAUGGGGCAGCGUGUGCUUCAGCAAAGUGCUGGGACCGGGCGUGUACAGCAACGUGAGCCACUUCACGCCGUGGAUACACCAGCAGAUCUUCAUGCGCACGUACCUGCCCGACUGAGGCGCGCCGCCUCGGGCAUCCGGUUCCCGAGAGGAAUUGACGUGACGCCGCACCCGCUCGUUUAACACCGUUAGCCUUUUCAUGCUAGCUGCUGUAACAUUGACAUGACAGAUGCUAACAUGUUAGCUACUUUGAAUGCUUACGUGGUUGGCGUACUAGCUAGGGCACAGUAGUGUGUUGUCGGUGAUUAAUCCUGUGUUCCGUCAGUGUUUUUGCUAGCUCGACUAACCUAGCCCCGGCCAAAAGUGAGAGCUAAUGCGCUAAUCACAGACAAUGGCCUGUGACGGAUAGUCUGUGACUUGAUGUUAGCUCAUUCCUUCAUGUCCACAUUCCUGGUUGCUAGUUGUUAGAAGUCAUUUGGAAGAUUUGCUUUUUUCAAGAGUAUUUUUCUACACUUUUUUGUACAUCACGUGUGUGUCGAAAUAGGAGGGGGAGUCCUCCUAAGAUGUCACUUCCUGCUUUCGUAUUGUGAAGAGCCAUGUAAAGGAAGUCCAAUGUUUUUGUGUUCAACAGUAAAGCUACACACACCUGCUCUCAA